AUGGAGAGCAGGCGCGGAAGCUCCAAGUCAAAAACGGUGCCAAAACCACGCGGGAUACGGCAAGCGGCUGGCAGUCGUGUGUUGGCGUCCACGGCGACGGAAGCUGCGUCGCGUCGCCAAGGCAGUUUGGCCGCCAGCAGCAAGCGGAAAGGCAGAUAUGCUAGUCCGAGGCCUGGGACUAAUCAAGGGCGCGUAGUGGUGGUGAAGUGGUCGGUUGCGUCGAACACCAAUUCGGCGGUCGGACGACGCUACGGGUCCAUGUCCACGAUUGCAUCCACGCGUCAGUGGUGGAACAACCGGUCCCUGCGGAGUUUGGUUGUUUCAAUCUACUGCACCCUGUUCGUUGCCGCCAUGCGCCGCGUCGUUAUUCGUCAUCGCAAAUGGGUGGUCUGGGAAAACAUCGAAAAGCCGCGGGCGGCGUUCAAGAUUCAAACAGCGUGGCGCGCUCGCCAGCAGAGGAGGCGUAUGCGGCACGAGGCCGCUGCUCGGGUGCUCGUUCCCUUCCUGCGCGAGAAGAUUGGUCGUAUUCUGGCGGCAAAGGAGAAGAGUGCGCUUCUGUUGCAGCGCGUUUUCAGAUCGCAGAAAGAGCGUCACUUUACUCAUUGGUUGUACGAGCAAAUGAAAUACAACAGGGCCCUGCACGUAGUGCGCCAACACCUUAAACAGUACAUGGCGAAACGAUGCCUUCUAUUUCUCACUCUUCAACGUGAUGAGAGGCAGCUAUGUGAGGAGUGUUGCGCCAUGGCUGCGCGAUGCCUCAUUCGCAAAGAACGUGCAGAACUUCUGAAUAUUUUGCAUUGGAUGAAUACAGCUUCUCAAGAGACCUUGACACCGAUGGUACCAAGAUCCAUGCUUGACAGGGAAAUUACCCGCUGUACCGGCUAUUGCCCCUGCCCACCGCCACCGCUACAUGUAGAAGUGACCGACUCGUCCUCAAAUCCUUCUGCCGCCGCACCGGCGAGCAGCGGCGUGUUGCCGUUAGAAGGUAAUCCGCUGGAUGUAUCCUCUGUCGAGGCUGGAAAUAGUGGCAAAAGCGGCAGCACCAGUUCCAUUCAAAGCGCCGGCAGUUGUGUGAUGGGCUUGGGUGACGAUAGUGUGUCCUCGUGGAUCUCGGCCCUGCAUACCGAAGAGGGUGCGCGUCAGCUGCUGGACGAACUCUUUGGACGGAAGUCUCCGUCUUACCCACUGCUGCGCGGAAGCUCUGAACGAUGUCCCAGUUCUGAUGCUGACAGUGUGGCGCACAAUACUUCUCACCCCUUUGUGUACGGCUCGCAGCAAUGCGAAACACGGCACCAAUUGCAAGCUUUAUGCCUCUCACUUCCCAGGCCUCCCUCGUUAAAGGAGGGUGAGGGGGACAUAUGCUCUAGUAACGUGGUGCAGCAGCAGCAGACGUUGUCAUUGAACACAGCUGAGGCAUCACUGCAUCGUGUGGUCGAUGCCUUUACGGAUCUCAUUGUUCGAACAGAGGCGAUUGAACGCAAGGCAUUGGAGUUGGACCUCCAAAAUCGCCACAGUGAGCUUAUGCAUCAAAUCGACUGGUUCGCCGUCACGGUUCAGGCCACACAUGCUUCCCCGCCGCUAUACGCUUCUCUCCUGUCAAACAUGAAGGAACCAUGGGCGGUGCGCCGGGCAGAACAACUUUUCUGCCAGGAGCAUGAAGAACGGCUUAGGUUGGUGGAGGAGUACCAGGCGAUGCCUCUGCGCUUCCUGAAUCGUCCACUACUCAACUUUGUCGCAGAGGAGCGGCGAAGACGGCUGCGGGAACGUGUGCAGACCAUGAACGGUGUCGAGAAAGGGGCGGAGGCGGCAGCGGAGGAGGAAGACAAAAAAAGAAUACAGCCCUCACCAUUUUCGAUUACUGCAAUGCAUUCAAGAUGGCCGCCCAACACAGAUAUAACACCGAUCAGGAGCUUCCACAAUGCUUCGCAGUCCCCAGCGGCGCAACGGAAAGGGCACGAUGCGUGCACUCUCUCUUGGCUAUUUCCUGGGCCUUCUGAAGAAACAACGCAGCUCCAGCAUCAGCAGCAUCUACCGAAGAAGAAAGAUAGUGGCAGCGCCCUUCGCCCCACAUCGUCCACAAUGUCACAAGUUGUGUCACAGGAGGCGGGUCUGCCGUUUAGCCAAAAGAGCAUCACACCGUCAGUAGAUGAUGCAUUCAGUGACAGUAGAAGCGGCAUGCAUCAGGACGUCACGAUGCGUGAGUCACCAAGGGGCACCAACAGCAAAACUGUUCUUCCGAGCUUCCUCUCCUUCUUCACGCCGCCCACUAACACCAGAAAUGUCAACAUUGUGGAUCUCUCGAGUUCUGCGUUGAGUCGAAAUCAGAGCUCGCUCUCCGCAGACAGCGAGAAUGCGGUUUUUCCACGGAUAAAAGUGUUCUCGUCUACUAGCAGUGGUGUGGGCGGCGGGAUGGAUGCUACGGACGACAACAACAACAGUGCCGGUGCCAGCAAGGGUCCGAAGGCGCACUUCCACCUGCCGGUGGCUCCAAGUAAACAAGUUCAAUACGACGCUGGCGAUUCCGAAACGGCGCUCAAAAGCACGAGUAGUGGGAACCAUGGCGGCUGCGGCAGUAGCAUGCCGCGUGGGGUCCCAAUCCCGCUACUGCGCGCCUCUCCAAACUUGGAGCGCAGCACAGUGCCAUCGCUUCCCCAUCUCACACGUACCCCCGAGCGGGAAUGUGUCUUGCACAAGGAAAGUGGUGCGGAUUACGUACGUAGCUGCCGGCUUCGGACACAAGACAUCCCAAAAGAGGCCCAUGAGACACCAUUGCUGGAGAGCCGUCAGAGAAUGUCACCGCUGCCGUCACCUGCGCCAAUGGAAGGUUUCGCAUCCUUCAAAGUACGGGUGGGACGCGCUACAAACCCGAGACUAAAGAAGCUGAUGAUGCAGACGGCUGCGACCACCUUGGGGUCUGGAGCCUAG